UCCCGUGUCGCCGCCGCCACCCUCCCCUGGAUCCAUUGUGAGGAAAUUGCCAUUCGCCGGCAGCGGCGGCACAUCUGGGCGGGCGCAUCUGGGCAAACAACAUCGGCUCCCGCCGACUGCCUCCAACGUCCUCCAACCGGCCGAACGGAUCUCACCGGGCCGCCGGAGAGGCUCCUGCUCGUCAGCCCCGGGCUCCUUCUUUCGGGCUGAAUCUUAAAAAAACCCUGGCAGCGCGGGGGGUGGGGUGGGGUGGAAAUAAAGGCUGCUAUUUUUUUCCCCUGGGAUUUAUUUCAUGGGGAUGUGUUCAAGACAAGAGAGGAUUCAGAAGGAUAUUGACGUUGUGAUCCAAAAGUGCAAGGCGGAAAAGGACUGCCUGUUUGCAGAUUUCAGGUACUCAGACUCCACCUUUACCUUCACCUAUAUUGGAGGCUCCAAAAGUGUGUCCUAUUCAGUGCAUGUCUCUGAGGAUUACCCAGAUAACACUUAUGUUUCCAGUUCUGAUAACGAUGAAGAUGUGUUAGUUACAACAGAGCCAAUUCCAGUAAUUUUCCACCAAAUUGCUACAGAAUUAAGAAAAACCAAUGAUGUCAACUAUUGCUUAUCCAUAAAGUCAAAAUUACAGAGGGAGAAUGGAGAGGAGUCACGACACAGCAGCACAGUUGAAGAAGACUCUGAAGGAGAUAAUGACUCUGAGGAAUUUUAUUAUGGAGGACAGGUUAGCUAUGAUGGAGAACUUCACAAGCACCCACAGCUGGAGGCUGAUUUAACAGCAGUGAGAGAGAUCUAUGGACCUAAUGCAGUAUCUCUCAGGGAAUAUGGAGCCAUUGAUGAUGUAGAUAUUGAUCUACAUAUUGAUGUUAGCUUCCUUGAUGAGGAGAUUGCUGUGGCCUGGGAUGUAAUUCGCACAGAGCCUAUAAUAGUGCGACUGCACUGCUCACUUACACAGUACCUAAAUGGUCCAGUGCCAACUGUGGAUGUAUUUCAGAUUUCUACUAAGGAAAGAUUUGGGCUGGGACAUCAGCUGAAAAAAAUCAUGCAGACAUUUGUUACACAACAGUGGAAGAACAGUAAAGAAAAAUCUAACUGUACGCACAAUAAGAAGGUGUCUGACAAAAAAGUGAAAUCCCCUCUGCACAUCUUUUCUACAUUGCGCAGGUCGCCAAGUUAUCCUCCACCUGGCUGUGGUAAAAAUAAAUCAAAACUGAAGUCAGAACAGGACGGCAUCUCCAAGACCCACAAACUACUGAGAAGGACUUGCUCUAGCACAGUGAAGGCGGAGGAUGUGUGUGCCACAAAAUCCCACCGAACCUUUGGCCGCUCGUUGUCGAGUGACCCGAGGGCUGAACAGACAAUGGCUCUCAGAUCGCACAAACUGCUGAGCCGUGCUUGCUCUGCAGCUGCCAAGCAGGAGGAGUGCAUCUCUUUAAAGCCCCAUAAGGUGUUAAAUAGGUCGUGCUCUGGGGAUCCUCGAUGUGAGCACAACAGCACCUUGAAGCCCCACAAACUUUUAAGCAGAUCCUACUCCAGUAACCUUAGAAUGGAAGAAUUGGAUGGGUUGAAGAACCACAAGUUGCUCAGCAAGACUUACUCCAAUGCCCCUAAAUCAUCCAAAAUGGAGCCUUUCAAGGAGUCCACCAUGGCAGAGAGCAGGAGGCUCUCUCUUACCUCAGGGCUUAUUGGUAUCUUAACACCAUCCUCAUCAUCACCUUCACAAGCUGCUCAAAAUUAUGGUGCAAAAUGCAUUCCAGUGCGAGACCGUGGCUUUCUUGUGCAGACUAUUGAAUUUGCUGAGCAGCGGAUACCAGUAUUGAAUGAAUACUGUGUGGUUUGUGAUGAACCUCAUGUGUUCCAGAAUGGCCCUAUGCUGAGGCCCACUGUUUGUGAACGGGAACUCUGUGUAUUUGCUUUCCAAACAUUAGGAGUGAUGAACGAAGCUGCUGAUGAAAUUGCAACUGGGGCACAGGUAGUUGAUCUGUUGGUAUCUAUGUGUCGGUCUGCAUUAGAAUCACCUAGGAAAGUUGUCAUUUUUGAGCCAUAUCCUUCUGUAGUUGAUCCUAAUGAUCCUCAGAUGCUGGCCUUUAACCCCAGGAAGAAGAACUAUGACCGAGUCAUGAAAGCAUUGGACAGUAUCACUUCCAUCAGAGAGAUGACACAGGCACCUUACUUGGAAAUAAAGAAGCAGAUGGAUAAACAAGACCCGCUUGCACAUCCUCUUCUACAAUGGGUUAUAUCUAGUAAUAGAUCGCAUAUUGUGAAGCUACCGGUGAAUAGACAACUGAAGUUUAUGCACACUCCCCACCAGUUCCUUCUUCUCAGCAGUCCACCAGCCAAAGAAUCCAAUUUCCGAGCUGCUAAAAAUCUAUACGGAAGUACCUUUGCAUUUCAUGGUUCACACAUUGAAAAUUGGCAUUCCAUCCUGAGGAACGGCUUAGUUGUUGCUUCCAAUACGAGGCUGCAGCUUCAUGGUGCAAUGUUUGGAAGUGGAAUCUACCUUAGUCCAUUGUCAAGCAUAUCAUUUGGUUACUCAGGGAUGAACAAGAAGCAGCAGAAGGUGUCAGCUAAAGAUGAACCAGCUUCAGGCAGUAAGGGCAGUAAUACAUCACAGUCCCAGAAGAAAGGACAGCAGUCACAAUUUUUGCAAAGCCGUAACUUAAAAUGCAUAGCCUUAUGUGAAGUGAUAACCUCACCUGAUCUGCACAAACAUGGGGAGAUAUGGGUAGUUCCCAACACGGAUCACGUGUGUACAAGAUUUUUCUUUGUUUAUGAAGAUGGUCAAGUGGGUGAUACAAGUAUAAAUACACAGGAACCAAACAUUCAUAAAGAGAUUCUUCGAGUCAUUGGCAAUCAAACUGCUACUGGUUAAAAGGACCACUCUUAUUUAAUUGAUGUGAAGCCUUCCUCAGUCUCAAAGCUGGAUUUUGAACUGAAGAAGAUGCAAAAAACUAAUUUAUUAUUACUACACUAAGCAAAUUAACCAUUUGAAUACUUACUGUUUUCUUACUUAGUAUUUCGUAUCUCAUCAAAAUACCUGAGAUGAUAUCAAUUAGCAACUGUAGGGGUGCAAAGUCUAUUAUUAUACUAAAACAAUUAAUAAUUAAAUAGGCAUUUGGGUUGCUCACAUAAACAGACAUUAAAAAGGACUUUUGUGCUGAUAUUUUUAUACUAAACUUCAAUUGGAAGUUUUAGUACUGUAUACUGGUAUUUUAAAUUUAGAAUGACUGAAUUACAAGUAAGAGAGAAGAUUUUAUAGCGGAGCACCUGUAUUAUGCAGGAUACUUUGCAAUAAGUAAAAUAUUCUCGUAUUAAAACACAAUAAAAGGUUGUCUGGAAUAUGUAAAAUUGAAGAGAUUGGUUACCUGCAGCUGUCUUUGAUUCUUUUUAUUUUACUCAAAUGCAGUUAGAAUUUAGACUCAAAGGUGAAAACAACAAUGCAUUUUUUAUUUACUGGGUGCAACAAAGCAAAAUGAAUGUGAUGGUAUAUGUUAAUCUUUCUUUAUUUUCUCUGGAACACUGUCUUACCCAUUAAGCAGCUCACUUGCUUUUUUUAAUUAUACAAGCCUCAGAAACACCUUGAAAACGUACAGCUGUUAUUUUUCUUUUUAUAAUUUUUGGGUUUAUAUACUAGAUUUUACAAUUUCAUUAGAUCAACAAGGUUUUUUAGCGUUUGCAUCUUAACUUCAGUGAAAUUGCUCUGUGAUGAAAUUUAUCCACAUAUUUUAAAGUAUGUGCUGAGUUAAGGCUUUUACAUGGUUGAGUUGAUUGUUGGUACAUCAGAAAAUAUAUACAAAUGCAAAAUUCUACUGAUUUUUGUCUUGGUGAAAUAGUUUUAUUAGGUGAUUUCUAAGCUAUAAGAAAUCAGUUUAAAUAUCUCUGUCUUUUAAAUUAACUACUGUUUUUUCCAAGUGAAUACGAUGGCAACACAGAUAGAGAAGGGUCCAGUCUCCAGGACAAAAAGCAUACCCUGUGCCCUGAUGGAUGCCUUUGGCAGCCCUCAUGGUGGCUAUCCUGAAGCAUCAAUCACCCCCUUGAAUAUGGAGAGCAGUUGAACUUUCCCAUCUGUGCAACUACUGCGAGCCACCUCAGAAGGCAAAAACAGACUGAAACCUCUCUUAUGUUACUUUCAUAAUAAAGAUACUAAAGCACCAAAUAACAGCACAAGAGAGCACAGCUGUGUUUGUUUCUUUUAAAGAGAACUGAAUUAGAUAUGCUGUAAUGGAUGAUUUCUUCUUUCUAGUUCAUGCUACACUCCUGUAUUACUUGUUGCAGUUGAAGUGCCCUACAAGUUAAUAGUGGUAUUUGGCCUAGGAGCAUAUAUGGGAUGUAUUUUAGCAUUCUACUCUUAUUUGCUUUAGUGUUAAUUUUUCUGGGUUCAUAUCCAGACUUGUAAAGCAAAUUCUGUUUGCAUAUCCCCAUUUUGCUGUUAGUUCUAUUGACUUGGGCUCUCUUUUGGUGGACCUCUAAAUUAGAGAAACUACUCCAAUUGUUGUCUUUCAUGUUGGGACACAGGUUAACUUCUUGAAACAAAGAGGUUUCCAGAAAUUUGUCUGUCUACAUAAUGACUGCCAUAGGUUGUGUAACUGCAAAAAGUCAACAUAAUUCAGAAGUGGAGCUGAAACCCUGGUGUGACCAUCUCUGUAAUGGUGCUGCCAUAUGUGUCUGAAUCAUUCUGUUUUGCCUAACAAAAAGAAACUGGGAAGCAAAUCCACAAAGAUGUUCUAUGAUUAUUUCAUGAGCUGGUAGUCCACCACUCUGGGAUGCCUUUUGUCGAAAAGAACAGGAGAAAAGAGAGUUGAGAAUGAGUGAACUGGAGAAGCCAAGUAAACAGUCAUCUUCCCCAUCCCCUCAAGUUUAAAGCAGGGUCAGAAAUUAAACCCUUGAAGAAAGGAAUCUGAAAUGUAGCUAAUGAGUUGACCUCUGUUUGCAUUGUGGGGUUGUGAUACUGGUCAUGCAUGGUGCCAUCAUAACUACAACCCCAGGAAAGGGAAGAGAAAAAUACAUUGCUGCCAAAUUUUAAGACUGCUUGGAGGUUUGCUUUAAAUGGAUGAGCCACAACAAGGGACAGUGUGGGGGAAAGCAGGACUCCAAGUUGUGUGGAGGCCUUGCUGUUGUGCCUGUCUCGGGGAGAACUUUGGUGACUGACUUUAGAGGGGAGAAGAAUAGUGAACAAAAGGUAGAAUGUGACAAGCACAGGGGUUACAAACCAGUUGAAGAGGGCAAAGCCUUUUUAGGGAGAAAGGUAGUUCUGAAGGGACAAGAUGGCAUUAGCAGCUCAGGUCCCACGUGGUGCAUGGCAGAAAAAGGGACUGGCAGAACCAAGCUGCAGCGUGGGGAUACACAGCCCAUAGCAGUAUGAGGCAGCCCAGGCAUGCCCCAGCAUCGUGCUUGGGGCAACAGGGCAGCUUGAAAAGCUGUCACUAGGCUACAGUGCAGAGACAUAAGCUUGGUGUCACACAUAAACAGCAAUGGAGCUAGAACAAAGUUCUUUGGCCAGAAACGAAGUCACAUUUUUCAUUAGCCAGUAUAUUAAUAAGAAACUUCCAAGGCUUUGUAUUAUUUGCAGGGGAAUUUGAAUCUUCAGAUCAUUUAACAAAGUAUUAGUUCUCAUUAUUUUCAAAAGAUAUGGGGAGGGAGGCAUGUUCAUUUGGCAUAUGUUACUCCUUAUAUAGGAAACCUCAAAGCCAAAAGACUUGAUCACCAAGAACUGGAAUGAAAAAGCCUGAGGAUAAGAUUUUCUUUGAAGGAUUUUCCUUUGAGGUUUUUUGCAAAGGUGGCAGUUGCAUGUAGCCAAAUGCUUCCAAAUAACUUGCAUUAACAUGGAAUCCAGGGGAUGAAAAAUAAAAAUCUCUAGAGCAGGACCCUGUGUUAUACCCAGAGCCCUUGCAUUUUCCUUCCUCACUUACCAUGCUCACCAUAUUAGUGACAGACCAGUCAUUGUAACUCCUGCUGUAAAAGAUGCAAGCUUUCCAAAGAUGGCUUUUAAUUAAAGCAAGUAGAGCCCCAGGCUCUGCCAUCUCUCUUGAUAGAAAUUUCCAUGAAGUCAUUGCUGUCACCAUACCCAGUAUGGAGCAACCAAGGGAGUUAUAGGUAAAUAACUUUCUAACUUCUUGCUACAUCCUACAACAAAAUGCAAGCCCUCCUCACAGUAGAAAGGUUUGACAAAAAAAUUGUGUUAGUCCUUUGAUGUUGCACCCUAAUUAUGAAUUGCUGUAUUUAUACUGCUGAGUAUUUAAAUAUUGUGAAAGGAAUUCAGAAAUUGCUUUUAAAUGCUUUUAAAUCUUCCUUGAGAUUCAGGCAAAUAUUGAGCAUUCAAGGGCUGAAUUAAGCAAUUUGAAGUAUCUUUCUCUAUGAUAUGAAUCAACCUGGCCCUGUUGUCUUCAACAGUACUACACUGCUUUGAUAACCAAAUCUUUGGCUUCCUAUUACUUACCAUAAAAUGGCCAGGUUGUGUAAUAUUUCGGUUAAUGUUUUGCAGGAACUAAUCAAUGACACCGGAAUUUUUUAAGCUUAAAUUUUUAUUUCUACAGCCCUUGAAAAAAUUCUAAAUGAAGCCGAAUGAUUUUAACAUACAGCUUUUGGUACUAAAAAUGCAUCUGAUGAAUUAUGCUAAGAUUGUCCUUUGUUAAUAAAAAUAAAAAGUCACUCCAAAUUAAGACUUUGUGCACAGAUCAAUUAAACUUUGCUUAUAAUCACUUAUUACUGUGAAAACAAUUAGCUUGAUUCCGACAAGGAUAAAUAAAAAAUGGUAAAAGAAAUCCAAAAGGGAACAACUGAAUGAAGAGAUUCAUGGUUAAGAAGGAGAUACAAAAAAAACCCCAAACCCUAAGCAAAUGCAAAAGUAGUAUCUAGUUACUUAAGAAUUAUAAUAAUUUAGGCAGAAUUUUUUCUUGGCUCUGGGAAAUGAAAGUGAGAUACAAAGAAUAUGAGCCAUGACUCACCCCAUGCAGCCUCUGCUGGCAGUGCUGCUGCAGCUGGAAUGGCCUUGGCCACCCAUUCUCUUCUCUCCUGUGGCACACAGCAUCCUGUCGUGUUUUAUUUGCAAAAUUCAGGUGUUAAUCUGGUGUCUGUGCAAUUUCUUCAUUACAAAUACCACCUCAAGGUGAAAGAUGAGCCUGUUGAGUAAACUGAGCGAGGUCUGUUGCUUGUAGAGCAGUUAGGAUUCUGUGAAGCACCUGAAGUUGUCCAGAAAGGGUCUUGAGUACAGUCAGAUGAUUUUAUUCCUUAAAAAAAUUCCACUCAGGAGUGGAGUGACACGUGCUUCAAAAGGGGAUAAAUAAAAGGGGAUAAAUAAAAGGGGAUAAAUAAAAACGGGAAAGUUUGCUCCAAGCGGAGCGUCAUUCAAUGUGCACUGUUCUGUGUGAAGUGCACAAGGAUGUCGCCAGGAGUUUGAAUUUCCCGAUUUGUGUUUGGAAACCGGUCUGAAAGCACCGACCUCCUCUGUCUGUCCUGGCAUGUGAGUGUUGUACUCCUGCUCACUGGCUGCAGCAACAGCCACUGACAAGAGCCGAAGGAAUAAGACAGCUUGAACUGCUGUUCCAUAGCGUUUUGGUUGCAUGCUCGUGCUAAGUUUCAGUCUGACACAGAAUAGCUAGGAUGUAAAUUACUGCCCAUUACACUUUGCAUUGGGAUUUUGUACAUGUAGUAGGCAUAAGGCUUUUGUAAGGGGGAAAAAAAGAUUAGUUUUUAGAUGAACAUAUCUACUGUGCUGAAAACCUAUUGAAAAGAUUGCGUUGAUCAUUUAUCACAAAGUCAGUAAAAAUAUUCCUUAUACAUAGACAUUUAAUGUAAUGUUCUAAAAAUAAUUUUUGAACUUACCUAGUAUAUAUUGUAUCUUUGAACUUUAACAAACAGCCAGUGUUUUAUGUAAACAUAAAAUAUGCCAAUGUUUCUUUUAACACCAUAGCCUUUUUUUCUCCAAAUAAAUUUAUUAAAUUUUGUGCACAAAAAUCAUACUGCAGCCUGCUAUUUAGCCUAUGGUGCCUUAGAGUUACUCAAAUAUUUAACAAAAUGGAGAUAAUGUAAAUACUGCCAGAAGAUCACUAAGGCCAAAUAUUUUCUCUAUUCACUUUUUACUGCACUUGCUUUCUAUUGCUAUAUAAGCCUCUUUUAUUCAGCUUUGUAACAGCUAUAGCAUUGUAGCCAAUGUAAAUGUUUACCUUCAAUAAAUCAGAAUUUGUUCAACAAGCACUGGGCAUUUGGGCACUAUUUUGAGAACUCUGUUGGAAGUUAAAACAGCCAUCUAAGAAUUAAACUGCAUCUGAAGCAGUUUCUUGACUUUUGCUAAUCUCAAUGACAUCUAAAAGUUAUGCCAUGCUUUUACACAUGUUUUUGAAGUAAAAUUUUUUUGCAGUGAUCUUUUUAAAAACACUUAGAUGAACAGUAAAACCAGCUUUUCUUGCUGUGUUUAUCUGAAUGGGUUACCCAACUAUAAUAAAAACAUUAUUUUGCAUGUACAGUAUCAUAAAAUGCAUAAAGAUGUCUCAAGAUGCUUUUUAUAAUUGCUUUUAAAGAAGUUCUCUGUGUUUCUGUAGAGCUGUUUUUGUCAUGAAAACACAGCAAAUAUAUGACAAACUGUGUCAUACUUUAAUGUGGCUAUGUUUAAAGUAUAAAUACACAUCUGCAACUCAUAAAAUAUGCAGAUGUUCGUGGGACUGGUUAUUAAUUCAGUGAGUGUGCUGUUUUUUUCACUGCCUGUGAGCUCAUUUUAAUUAUAUGGGUGGAUGUAGCUUGAAACUUUUGAGAGUUUUACCUUUUGUUUGUUAAAUUUGUUAUUUUGUGAUUGCAGAUUUUGGAUUGAAAGAGUCAAAGUGGUACUUACUAUUAUUUUGACUGCUGCGAAGCGUAUUACACAAGUAUGACUGUCAGAGAGACAAAAAGACACAUCAUUGCUACUCUAAAUGACUGAUAGUUUGCCUUUGAUUUAAGAAUUCUCUAAUGGAGGAGAUAUUUCAAAUUUUGGGGAUCUUGAAUGCGGAAGCAGUAACCUCCAAACUCACAAAAGAAGAGCUGAAUCAGUGGGGAAGUCUCAGAUCUCUCUAGAAUUGGUACCCAUAGAGAGCACAAGGGACAGAAUUUAUAUUUGCUUUGGUUUAAUUUACUUCAUUUCCAAGUGGCUGCAUCACAAGUUCUCUCAAUAUGCACCAAUAUUAAGUUUUCCGCUGAGAAGCUCUUUGGUACAUUGAAUUCACCUCUUGAACAGUUCCAUGUGGGACCCAAGAGAUUAAUAAUCUGAACAGUAAUUGAGAGCAGUAAAAAAAAAUACUGCAAUGGAUAAGAGCUACAAAUGCACACAUUGCAUUUUUAACAGGAGGAAGAUCAUAGUAUCUUCUAAGAAAAUAUCAAAAAAGGACUUUAAAGGAUAUUAAGCCGUGUUUGCACACUUGACCAGCUUCUCUAUUUUGGAAUUAGUGAGCAGUGCAGAUUGAAGCAAGUUAUUUUGCACAGGGGUCACAGCCUUGGCCCUCUCCAAGAGGGAUUUGUCCUCCUGAGGCAGGUUAAGUGGAGCUGCAUCAAUUGAAUGAAGCCAGUAGUAGCUGAGGGCCACAACUUUGCUGUGCCCAGCUCUCAGCACAGUGUAAGCACUUUAAGAGAAGAAAACUUAAGGAAUGAAGCAAAGGGCUCAGUGCCUUGCAAAAAUCUAGUGUCAAAGCAGAUGAAAAAAAGAACAGCACUUGGAAAAAAUACUAAAUUGGCAUUUUUAUUAAACAACAUUAUCGAUCCUUCAGGCUGAUUUUCUUAAACGUUGAAAACAUUUUCCAUUCACAGUUAAGGGAGAGAAGUGUAAUUCAACACACAGAAAUUGAAGUCUCUGAACAGAACAUAAGACCCUUUUAGCAUCAGCACUGUUUGUAGCAAACCCAUGUGCAAGGUGUCAGCUAUUGGAUUCCAGCCAGUUCCAAAACUGGCAUUUUGCGAGAUGCUGAAGCUGUGGGAAUUACACUAGCAGCAGGAACAGUGACUGCUGCAGAAGCAAGAACAGCACAAGUCUCCAGGGAUUGUGUCUGGAGCAAAAUGCAGGAACUCCUGGCUUAUGGUUUGCUCAACAAAAGCCAGAGCUUAUCAUCAGCAAAGCAAUUCUAAUUCAUAACUUUUAAAGAGAAAGCUUUCCAUUGUUUGGGAGAAAUGGGAAGGAAAAAAAGAGUAGUUUUCUUCAACUUGCUGUACUGUAGCUGGAUAGUUCAGUCUAGUAGCAUGUCUGAGGCAGUGUCCCACUGUACAUGCAUGUAGCAGGUUUACUUACAGCACUAGUUAGCAACUUGCUUAGAGAUCUCAGGCAGAAGGAGGAAUGUCUCAAUCAGCUGACAGUUCCUUGGAGCCACUCAUAUUUUAUAUAUAGUCUAAUGGAGCGCAGAAAAGGAAUAGGUGGGUGACACUGUCCUUGAUGGUUUUCAAGUCUGAUCAAACCCUUCUUCCCAUGAGCUGCUGAAAAAACAAUUUUGCUGAUUGUUUAAAAAAAAACCUUAAUCUCUCCUGAUCUUUCCAUCUCUCCUAGACAGUAGCUUGGAGUUUGUGUGUAUUUCUGUUCACAAACAUCUACCAAGGUUUAUUCAGUAUAAAGAGUUUCAAAGAUGAGAGGAGUCACAGGCCAAACUAAUUGGAAUAGGCAUAAAUGUAAUUAGAAUGUAUAUAGAUGAAAAUAUGUAAGUAUAUAUUUAAAAUUUUGCAUUUAUUUGUGGGAGUGUAAGUUGAAACAGAACUUUUGACUCAAAACCAAGGAUCAAAAUUUCACUGCUUAGAACCCUUCUGAAAAAUGCAGUGUAUUAGAAACAAGUUUUAACUACCCUAAUAUGAUAGGUUUUGGUAGAUCUGACUUGCUGAAUUUUUGUCAAGGACAUGUUUUGCUAGAGGCUUUUAAAUUUUUGCCUGUGGGGAAUUCAGUCACUCCUCUGUAUGCGUUAUCACGUAGCUGUCAUGUUGUGCUUCAUGCGGUAUUCCAUAUGUGUGAAAUUGUAUUAUUCCACUCUUUGGCUUUUUAUUGUCUUACGCAAACUUUGAUUUCAUGCUUGCCAUUCUGGUCAGUAGUACUGAGUAUCAAAAAUCCCAAGAUCUUCUAGCACCAGUCUCAUUUCAGAUUCCUGCUGAUACUUUAUGCUUUGGAAUUUUGCAGCUUUUUUUUUUUCAGCUGCAUCUCUCCAUUUUAUGCCCUGGUUACAAAAGUUUUUGGGUGGUUGCUAAACAUCUUGCUAAACCUGAGAGGUGGCACUUCUGUCUCUCUGAGAGUUGAUUUAUAUUUUUUGCAAAGAUCUCCUUUCUUUUUAAGCCUCCAGUGGUCUUCUCCACUACCAAAAAUAAAAAAAAAAUUAGAGGACUUGUUGGGGAGAUGAUUUUACUAUUUGUUAUGUUGUUCAAUGACUUCACAUUCUGUAUAUCUAUGCUAAUGUGAGCUGAAUUUCUGAUUCAUUGAAUUUCUGGUUCUUUCCUGUUGCUUUAAUUGCUCACAGAGCUAGCCUUUAGAAGAGCAUCAGAUAUGAGCAUUAAUGGACAAUACUGAGUAUAUUUCAGUUAAAAUGCAAAAAUAUGCAGCCAUGAAUAGUAAAAAUGUAUUGAAAUUAUGGUCCUUCGAUAUAAAAAGCAUGUGUACAAACUAUUAACUUGCACAUGAAAACAAGAAUGCGUGAACAGAUAGGUAUGCCAAAAAGGAUGCUAUUAAAAGCUGAAGAGUUUUAUAAAUACUAUUCCCUGUCAUAAUUUCCUUUCACCUAAGCAAAUUUGGUAGUGUAAGUUCAAAAUAUUCCCUACCUUACUUCUUGCUCUGUCUUUAAACAGGGUUCAAAUUGAACUGCUGAUCAUUCCUUCACAGAUUCAUUUUUUCCCAUGUUUUUCUGAGGAAAGCUUACUGGGGUCUUAAUUACUUUAAAGAGUGUUACUGAUCUCCUAAAUUAAUCUGCUUGAAAAUUUUCCAUAGAUUGGUUUGAAAUGGGCUUUUUCAUCAAUAAGCUACCAUAGGCAUUUGCUUCCUUUCCAUGGAGAUUUCUUUUAUGUUUGUAAACCUCAAGUCUUGAGUUUUUACUUGAACAAAUCUUUUCUUAAGGGGAUUGAAAGACUUGAUGGUAUGUGUGCAUGAGAUUUAAUAUGAAAAAUUUACUUUUGUCUUUGUAAGUGGUGUCUCAGUGGCCUGGGCAGCAGAUUCUUGGUGUAGUGCAGCAAUUUAUGAAUUGGUCCCAAUGAGGACUGAUUUUGAUUUUGGCUUUUAGGGUAUCAUUGACCCACUGGAUAAAGCUAAAAAUUCUGACUAUUCUUAUCAAAUUCUGUUGUCUGUAAAUUAUGUUACUUUGUGUAAACUGUUCCUUUACAUUAUCUGCUCUGUGGAUCUCUAUUCAUAUAUAUUCCUGCCAACUCUACUAUGCAUGAAUGCAAAGAAAGAAACAAAGGUACAAUAAAGAUGUGGUUCAUGGUCCCUGC